CUCACGCCCAAACUACUCCGAUCCAGUACAUGUACCUGUCCGCCAUGGCACCCAUCACGCUGAUUUCGCUGCUCUCGUUGGCGCUCGCAGGGCCGGUGGUGGUGGCGGCGCCGGCGGCCAAGCAGUGCACUGCCGGCCCAGCGCUCAAGCAUUGGCCUCCCGCCGCGGCCAAGGCUCUGAAUGCCAUGAUUGCCGCCAAUGCGCACUCCGGACGAUACGCCGUGUUUGACAUGGAUAACACGAGCUAUCGGUACGAUAUCGAGGAGUCAAUGAUUCCUUUCUUGGAGAACAAGGGGGUCAUCUCGCGCGACACGAUUGAUCCGUCGUUGAAGAUCAUCCCGUUCAUGGACACACCCACAUACAAAGAGAGCCUGUACAGCUACUACAAUCGGCUGUGCGACAUUGAUGAUCUUCUGUGUUAUCCUUUCUCGGCCGAGGUUUUCAGCAAUAUCCCGCUCCGCCAACUCAAGGUUUACAUCGACGAGCUCAUGGCUCUCAAUUCGUCGAUCCCGACAACAACCUACGUUGACGGCGUGCCGACAAACACGACUGUCAAUCCCCCUCGGAUCUUUAGGGGCCAGGUAGAGCUCUACAACAAGCUUAUGAACAAUGGAAUUGAGGUGUACAUCAUGAGCGCCUCGGCUGAGGAGCUCGUGCGAUUAUUGGUCACGGAUCCUAAAUACGGCUACAACAUGAAACCGGAAAACGUCAUCGGUGUUUCUCUCGUCUUGAAGAACCAAACCUCGGGAGCUUUGACGUCAGUGCGGUCCCAAAUCGCCGCAGGCACCUACAAUUUCCCAGCGACUUUGGAUCUUGUCAUGACUUCCACGCUUUGGACCCCAAACACGUGGCAGACUGGAAAGUGGGCGGCCGUGCUUUCGUAUAUCAGCAACUGGAGAAAGCCAAUCAUCGUCGGUGGAGACACACCUGCAAGCGAUGGGCCUAUGCUGUUUCAUGGAGUCGACGUCGCGCGUGGCGGGAUACAUCUCUGGAUUAACCGGAAGGAAAAGUCCAUGCAGCAGUUGAAUGGCAUGAUCAAGCAGUAUGCCCAGGAGCAAAAGGACGAAGGGUUGCCCGUAACGGCGGACAAGAACUGGGUCAUUGUGAAGCCUGAGGAGAUAUUAUAAUUUCGCUUCUAUGAACCUGAGUAAUGCGUGGUCCAAGGUUGUCCCGGUCCAAUAACUUGUACAUCAGGACUCAUGCCUGCGACAGCGACCACAUACAAUGUCGUGGACAGACUGCGAAUACGAAGAAACCUGACUAAUUACACGUAUAUAUGAAAUGUCCAGUGGC